AUGAGAAAACGCGGAAUCGCCGGAAUCAAAGAUCGCAAUAAAAUCAAAGAAAAAACUGCCGAAAAAGCUCAAGAAUUACAAAAAGCAGAUUUUGAACAUGUCGAGAAGCAGUUUUCGCUCUUCAAAGAGAGACUCGAGCAUUUUGCAAAAAAUCACAGAAGCGAAAUAAGAAAGAAUCCGGCCUUCCGAAAGCAAUUUCAGGCAAUGUGCGCUGCAAUAGGAGUAGAUCCACUUUCAUCUUCAAAGGGAUUUUGGGCGGAAGUGCUUGGAAUGGGCGAUUUCUACUACGAACUUUCGGUGCGCGUGGUCGAGUAUUGCAUGGCUUACCGAGAUGCAACUGGAGGCUUGAUCGCUCUUUCUACGAUCGCGAAAGACCUGAAAGCAGAACCGGCCGAUAUUGAAACCGCCCUUGGAAAGCUCAGAAGCCUCGGAAAAGGCUACCAAGUCAUCGGGAAAGGCUCCCAAGCGAUUGUUCAAGCUGUUCCGGGCGAGUUUUCAGACGAUGCGGCAAAACUGGUCGAGUAUUCGAGCAAACACAAUGGAAUGGUCUCCCAGUCUUUAGUGGAACGCGACUUGGGCUGGAGCUCGCUACGAUUUUGCUCAUUGGUUGAAACACUGGCGCGGGAAGGGACAGUUUGGGCUGACGCCCCGCCAGCCAAAGAGAUUCAAUACUGGUUCCCUGCUGUAUUUUCUUCAUAA